AUGGCCUAUAAGAAGUACUUAGCUUUGCACGGAAUAGUUGUGCUUGUAUUUCUUUUUUUUAAUGAAAGUGUAGAAGGCAUUAAACUCGACCCAUUAAAAAAGAUAAGAAACAAACAGAGCUCUAAACUGAAGCCACUUGACGAUUCGUUUUUCGAAAGCAGCUUCCUGAAAGAGAGCAUCUCGAAAAAAACCAGCGCUAAGACAAAGGCUGCUCCAGACUCUGACUCUGACGCCAAGCCACAGACUAGCUCCAAGUCUAGCACCAAGCCCAGCACCAAGUCUAAGUCGCCAAUUGUGGCAGAUGACGAAGAGUCAACUGAAAAAACAAAAGAAGCCCCUUCCAAAUCGAGUAAAAAAACAGACAAAAAAGGAAAAACAGCUGCCGUUGAGGCAGAAGAAGAAGCAGAGGAAGAUGUUCCAGAGAAGCCGUCUGCAAUAUCUGCUUUCUUUGACUCGAACAUUGUAAAAAUCGUUCUAUACAGUGCAGCAGGAGCAGUGGUUGCAUUUGUUUUCCUGUUCUUCUUAUUAUUCUAUAUCUCCAACUACUUAACAGAGCGAAGCAACAGGCGCCAGUACAUGCAGUCUCUCAAGCCCGCGUACACCUCAACAGGCGAUAAAAAAGACACAAUACUUGCAGCAAUAAAUCUAUAG